AUGUUCGAAUCUGAUGCAGAGCAGCUGCAUGACAGCAAAACUCCACACCUCUCGUCGACAUGUGAUGCGCGCAGGUUGAAACUCAGAAGAGGUGACAUCCUGAUCGCCGGGACAGAUGGCCUCUUCGACAACAUCGGGGAUUUGGAGCUCAAGUCCCUGGCGCUGACGCACCACGAGAGGCGCACGGCAAGUGUUGCCAGCUCGACACAAGACAUGGCCGACGCGCUUCUCGAGCGGGCUGCGGACGUGGCCCGUUCGCCCGCGGAGUUCGGCCCGGGCGGCAAGUUGGAUGAUAUUGCCGUGGUGCUCGCAGAGGUCCAAGACUCCUCGCCGGUGUCACAGGCUGGCUUGCUCUCAAACCUUGUUGACGAGUGA